UCCCUCUCUUGGCCUGACUGCAUGAGUGCUGCCCCUGAGGAACAAUGAGAGAUGGCACCAAGAAGAGCAAGCUGUCAUGGUCCAAGAGCCUUGUGAGGAAGUGGUUCAACAUCAGGGGAAAGUCCCAUGACUACCAUGCUGAUGAUGCAGCUGCUGCAUUUGGGAGGAGAGCAGGAGGAGGGGAUGAUGAGUGGAGGAGCAGCAGCUUUUCCAGGAGGGAAUCCUGCACGGUCAAGAAGAGCAGGACAGAGAGGGCGUCGCGGCGGAGCCACGAGCGGUCGCGCCGGAGCAAGAUCGACCUCGACGCCGCCGAGGCCACCGUCACGUUGGACUACAGGGUCUUCGUUGCCACGUGGAAUGUGGGCGGACGCGCGCCGCCGGGGUCGCUGGGCCUCGAGGACUGGCUGCGCACCUCGCCGCCGGCCGACAUCUACGUCCUCGGGUUCCAGGAGAUCGUGCCGUUGAACGCCGGCAACGUGCUCGGCGCGGAGGACAACGGCCCGGCGAGGAAGUGGGUGUCGCUGGUGCGGCGGACGCUGAACAGCCUGCCGGGCACGGGCGGAGGAGGUGGAGGAGUAGGGAGCAUGCGGACGCCGUCGCCGGCGCCGGAUCCGGUGGUGGAGAUGGACGACGACUUCGAGGGCUCGUCGCGGCAGAACAACCCGUCCUUCUUCCACCGGCGGUCGUUCAACGCCGGCCUCAGCCGGAGCCUCCGGAUGGACGGCGACAUCCUCGGCGUCGGCGGCGCCGCCGCCGCCGCGCAGCCGAGGCUGGAGCGCCGGUACAGCGUCAACGACCGCGUCAUGUACGGCAGCCGCCCGAGCGACUACGAGGCCAACUGCCGGUGGGGCCACCCGUCGGACGACGGCGAGAACGACGACGACGGCGGCGACUCGCCGAGCACGGUGUACUCGCCGAUGUCGUACGGAUACGGCGCGCCGCCGUACAUGGAAGAUAGCAAUCACGGCGGCACCCAUACUAGGUACUGCCUAGUUGCGAGCAAGCAAAUGGUUGGAUUGUUUCUCAUGAUUUGGGCUCGGAGAGAAAUAAAAAGUGACAUAAGAAAUCUCAAGGUUUCUUGUGUAGGGAGAGGAUUGAUGGGCUAUCUUGGUAAUAAGGGUUCGAUUUCGAUUAGCAUGUUGUUGCACCAAACAAGCUUCUGCUUCGUCUGCAGUCACCUCACAUCGGGGCAGAAGGAUGGCGAUGAGCACCGUAGAAACUCAGACGUGAUGGAAAUCUUGAGAAAAACCAGGUUCCCAAUGGUUUAUGGACAGUAUGAGAGGUCACCAGAGACGAUAUUAGAGCAUGAUCGAAUCAUUUGGCUCGGGGACCUAAAUUAUCGGAUUGCGCUUUCCUACCGAUCGGUGAAGGCCCUUGUGGAGAUGCGCAAUUGGAAAGCAUUGCUUGAGAAAGAUCAGCUUAGGAGUGAGCAAAGAGGCGGCCGGGUAUUUCCUGGUUGGAAUGAGGGGAGGAUAUAUUUCCCACCAACAUACAAAUACUCAAAUAAUUCUGACAGAUAUGCAGGGGAAGACAUGAACCAGAAAGAAAAGAAGAGAACUCCAGCAUGGUGCGACCGAAUUUUGUGGUAUGGAAGGGGCCUUAGCCAACUCUCAUAUGUCCGAGGAGAGUCCCGCUUCUCCGAUCAUAGGCCUGUGUACAGCAUGUUCAGUGCAGAAGUAGAAUCCAUCAAUCACAGCCAAAUUCAGAAGAUGAGUUGUUCAAGCUCGCAGUUGGACAUCGAAGAAUUGCUGCCCUACUCAUAUGGGUACACUGACAUCAACCCAUAUGGAUACACUGAUCUCAAUUUCUAUUGAAAUGGGCUCAACUGGUUUAGCUUCAACAUGAGUUCUCGGUCUGUAGAAGCAUCUGUAUUUCCAGUCCUGCUGUGAAAUACCUCUAAUUAGCUUGGUCAAUUCUCUGUCAACAACAACGGACAGUGUUGAUAAGACAUGAAGACCCAGAACUGAACUAAAUUUCUGCUUCUGGUGAACUGGUGAGCUGAUUUGCACAUCUUAGUCAUGAAAGUUUUGUGUGUUGACAGUUCAUAUGAGUUCAGAAAAAAAAUAUCAUGAUAUCCAUAUUGAGUCAUCUUCAGAAGUUCCUUGAAUGUUCAAGGAUGUCAGGAGUUUUCACUAUCCAUACAAGGUACAUACCUGGUCCAUGUACAUCAUUUCAAUAUUUGUGAAUAAUAAAGAACUUGAAGAGCAAAUGGUGAGCUUUUUACAGGCACCAUCUAGUAAUUAGUAGAAGAGCAUUGCUCAUAUAAUGAGCAUAGUACUGGCCAUUCAAUCUGAAUCUCAGAUGACUUUGGCCAAAGCAAAGAGAUGCAUGCCAGACAAGAGCAGCAAGCGUGCAUCAGUUUUUCUUCCCUACUGUGCAUUGUAGGUCAAAUUUUUUCACUCUCUUUGGUUGCUUUGACAUGUAAACGAAAAAUGACAAGUGUCGGUUAUUGUACAAUCCUUGUGUUCUUGGCUUUUGAAAGCUGAAAAAAGGUCAAUGAAUGCAUGCAAUGCCCAUACUCAUUCUUCUGGAUGGAAAAAAGGAAGAAGCAAGUGUGAGUCAUGAUCAUCCUGUGUUGCAUUGCAGUAGGAGCAUUGCCUGAUCAGUGAGCUGACAGAAAAGGUUACUAGUCACAUUUCAGCCUUCACUCUGCAGGAAAAUGUGUUCUUCUACCCCUUGCUCCCUUUCCCUCCUUUUGCUGUUCUCAGUUGUCUGCAGGAAUAGUGAACAGAAGCCACAAAAGGCUCUGUUGUUACUGGAAUCUUCAGAGACGUUUUAAAUUCUUGUUUCCUGUGUUUUGAGCAUUUGUCAUUCUUUCUCAGCCAACCCAUUAUAACUAUCACCAUUGGCUGCAACUUCUGCAUUCUGGAACUGUUCAUUGCUCAGUUGCAUCUUCAGAGGCUGAGAUUGUACUUUCAUCAAUUAUGGACUCAUUUAUUAUUUAUAAUGAGAUCUUGGUGCAAUG